AUGGACCUGCUGAACGGCAGCACUCCACAGCUUGUGGAGUCUGGCGCUCAAAAUAACAUUAAAAAUGUCCCUUUAGCAACUUCUACCACAGCACCUGAUAAAGUAAUAAACAUUAAAACUGAUAGUAGCCAGAUUGGAGGAAAUGUGAGUGAUGAGGAACUCCUUAAAGGUCUCCUUACUGACCAACUCUGCCAUGUGUGUAAUGCUGUGCUAUUGUUUGAGUCUCAGCGGCUGUCACAUUAUGAGGGGAAAAAACAUGCCCAGAAGUUGAAGUUGUAUCUGCAUAACAAGAGAGAUGAAAUGAGACACAAAGAGUCUUCUGGACUGGUGCACCGCAUGCCAAACGAUAAGGAUCGUUUCUGCGAGCUAUGUAACAUGGUUUUCACCUCUGCUGUGGUGGCAAAGUCGCAUUACGAAGGCAGAGUCCACAGCAAAAAUCUCAGAAAACAAAGUGCUCCUAAACUGGAGGUCGGUACUUUACCCAAGCCACAGUUGGACCGUGCCACUGAAGAUCGGUUGUCGGGAUCAGGGGACUGUACAGACCCACCAACGAAUUCAACUGCAUGUAGUUCAGAUCCAAACAAAUACUGUGCCUUGUGUGAGAUCUCCUUCAAUAAUGGCCAAAUGGCAGUGCAACACUAUAAUGGCCGCAAGCACCAAAGGAACUUAGCCAGACAGCAGAUGAUGCAAAAGCUUGAAGAGCUUCAUGAAGAAAACCCUUUGACGUGCGCCAUAUGUAAUUUGCAAUUCAACUCUGUAGAGAUGUACCAAGCCCAUAUGCAGGGUAACAAGCACUACAUGAGGGAGAAAAAGGUCUUCGAGCUCUGCAAAUCCCAGAAGAAAUCUUAUAACACAUUUGCUGAUGAACUUGCACAUUACAUCGAAGUCCAGAAAGCUCGUGGAAUCACACCUAGGAUUGGCAAGUUUAAAUCUAAGGAUGAAACGCAGAAGGAAUGUGAUGAAGUAGAAGUAAUACCCGAUUGGGAGAAUGAACAUAUCACACAACAAUAUCCACAGACUAUAGACAACUUUUCUCCCAAUGAACAUAUCACACAACAAUAUCCACAGACUAUAGACAACUUUGCUCCCACGUAUCACCUUGACCUACCCUAUCACGCCCCUCAGUUCACUGUACAAGGUUUUCAACCUCCAUAUACUGACUCUCCAUGGCUUUCAGAUGGUUGGGACAGCUAUAAGCCGCCAUCUCCUCCAUACUUGAAGCCAUCUGUGGAAUCUGGUGCUCGAUUUCUGAAGAGACAUAGAAAGUGCUCAAGCUCCUCCUCGUAUUCUACCUCAUCAUCUUCCUUGUCUUCCUCUUGUACUAGUAGUGGAGCAAGUAAUCAUGAUGAAGGGAAACACAGACAAAGAGAGAAGAGGAGGAGCAAAAAAUCCCGGAGGGAAAGAGGUAGACGAUCAAGAACAACAAACUCAGACAAGACGAGGCAAAGGCAACAAAACAAAGCAAGAGAUUAUAACCCAGAGGAGAGGAGGAGUGAUGAUAAUGAAGCGGGGGGAGAUCGGAAAAAAAAGCGCAAGUACCACAGCAAGCAUAGAUCACAAGAAAAGAAAGAACUAAAGGGAGAAGAUGGGGUGAAAGACAGCAUCGCGCCAGCAGACUUGGUAGAAACCCAACAAGAGACAGAAGAAAAUGUUGUGCAAUUGGAUGACAGACAGGCAGAGCAUGACAAUACGAAAACCAGAAAAGAUAAGAAAAAAGCAAAAGAGAUGCUAGACAAUAGGACAGAGGAGGAAAAGUUGUGGGAUGAUUCCAUUCUUGGCUUUUAA